AACAGAUAGAGAAGAUGUGUAUUCAGGGUUGUUAUCUACGUGAGAAUGAUCCAACAGCAUCACGUGACCUAGCCAGGUUUCUAGGUUUCCUGCCUUGUCUCACCGACCUGACGAUAAAGAACUCUGACGGUCAAUACAGGAAUCUUUCCCUUCUUGAUGAUUUCUACCAUGAACUUGCUCGUCAGGCCUCAUCCUCAAAGAUAGGGAAAGUGUGUAUUGAGGGUUGUGAUCUACGUGAAAAUGACCCAACAGCAUCACGUGACCUAGCCAGGUUUCUAUGUUUCCUGCCUUGUCUCACCGACCUGACGAUAAAGAACAAUGGCGAUGAAUACGUGAAUCUUUACCUUCUUGAAGAUUUCUACCAUGAACUUGCUCGUCAGGCCUCAUCCUCAAAGGUGAUUUACAAGGUGUUUUAA